AUGGCCCCCUUAACAUCCAACCACCACCUCACCUCGAAUCUAGCCCGAUCCCCCAGUCCCGCGCCCCUGGACCGCCUGCUCUCGCGCGAGGACAUACCCCCGUUGGCAUACGACACGGAAGCCGAGUUGUUGGCCGUCCUGUCGCGUCUCGAGAGCGAGCUCAAGAAAAGUAUCGAUAUCAGUUUCAGGGAUGGGGCCAAUGGGGCCAAUAGGGGGGAAGUCGAAAAGGUUGUUUUGGAGGUGAGUUGCUGGGGAGAAGAGAUAUGGGAAGCGAUCGCAGGGUCGAGGGUUGAGUGAGCGAGCAGCGUAGCGGAGGUGCGCAGAGAGGUGCACCCGGAUCCAGCGGCGGCAUACAUGUGUUGGGGGGCGUUUAUUUGCUGGGAGGUGUACAGUACACCGCGGCAUGCAUGAGACCACAAACCUGCGCACGCCGAUCAGACGACGAGCACGUGACCGGCCCUCCUGGGUGCGUGAACUGACCACCUCCACCCCACAGGAAUUCUUCAGAGGCUUGGCCCCACUCGUAUGGUCCAAUUGCACCAUCGCGGGCCUUCCUUACGCGCAAUACCAAGCUCUGAAGAGCAAAGCCAGUACGUCUCACUGGAAACGGGUCUCUCCUAUCCCGGCUAAAAGAGACUUUCCAAUAUCGUCCCACUUUGCUGGCUCAUCAGAAUUCUCGAAGACAAAGGCCUUUGAUGAGGUGCUGCAUCAACGCGUCAUGAACUACCAAAACUCGCUGUUUGACGCGCGGGAACAGAACGCUCGGGAGAGGGUCGACGUGCCCAAUAAUUAUGCGCUGGUUAGUACGACUGCCGAUCGAUGAGAGCAAGCACUAUGCUUAAUCGAGCCUCCAAUGAUCUACCGUGUUUCAGGGAGUUCAAGACGUCAUCUCUAGGGAUAUGGAAUGGCUGAGCCAACUCGAAGCCGUGCAACCGAACUUUUCGGAGGAUCGACCCCAGCCCGUCUUGUUCGCUCCGACGGCAGCACCGCAGGCCAAAGGGAGGAAGAGCGUCGGCGCCAACAAGGGUUUGUUAUUUGACUCCUCAGAGUAAUCAUUGGGAUGCUAACUCCUACGUGGCAAUCAUGUCAGGUAUCAUCGAGGAACGACCAACGGCUCAACAAGCGCAGGACGAUUAUGCCAAAGCGAGCGACGAGAUCAACCGAUUGCUCAGAGUGCGUGCAGACUUGGGCCGGAAGAGUGUUUCUCGAAGCAUGUCCAAUAUACUCACUCUAUUCUGCUCGAUCCAUUCAGCAUCUCCCGAGCCUCAGAACAGCGGCCGAACAAGCGACCCGAGUCGCGCUCGAUACGGCCGCACUACACUGA